AUGGAAUAUCAAGGAAAUGCAUAUUUUAACAACCUAAUAAACGACGAGUUUGACCUUGACCACCAUGAUUUUACCACUGAAUCUCCUCAACAAGAGAGUCAAUCUUUAUCAUUCUCUCCUGAAAUUAUUACUCAAACCACAAAGAUAUCACAACCCACAGGAAACUUCACCAUAGAGGAAGACAUGAUGCUCAUAUCUUCAUGGCUUAAUAUUAGCUUAGAUCCAAUUAGAGGAAAUGAGCAAAAGUCAAAGGCAUAUUGGUUAAGAGUGUGGGAGAACUUCAAUAAAUUCGGGAUUGCGAAAAAAUUGUACAAAGACUUGUAUCAAUCAAACUUUUCUUUUGAACAUUGUUGGAAUGAAUUGAGAUCCCAACCAAAAUGGAUGGAAGAUACAACAACAAAGAAGCAAAAAAGCACAAAAAAUGCAUCUCCGGCAACGUCUACCCCUUGUACACAAGAUUCAGUAAAUUUAGGGGACAAUGAUAACUAUGAUGUUGUGGAAAGACCAGUAGGAAGGAAGGCCGCAAAGAAAAAAAAAGCCAAAGAUCUUGGAAAUAAUGUUACAAAGUCGCCUUUUGUGAAGCUCUUAGAAGAGAUAAAGGUAAAGAACGAUAUAACAAAUGAGAAGAAAAUAGAGAUAUUUGAGAAAUCUUAUCUUAAAGAGGAACGGAGGAUUGAAAAUGAGGAAAGGAGAGAGGAACGAAGGCUUGCAUUGGAGGAAGGAAGAGAGGAAGAGAGAAUCAUGUCAAUGGAUACGAGUAUGAUGCCUCCAUUGCAAGCACAAUAUAUUCGCCAACGUUAG